UUUCCCAUCAUUUAUAAAAUUUUAAAGUUUUAUUCCAGUCUUUGGGGGCGUUUGAGAAAUUCUUCUCAGGGUAUCGGGGGGCUUUUGAUAAAUAAGUAACUCUCUACACGGUGAUGGUCUUCUCAGAUUCAAAAUUUCUUCAAGUCAGCCUCUUUAUUUUUAUUUUUUUCUUUUCUAAACGGGAAUAUCUAGUAACUAAUUUGCUGGCAUAAGUGAGUGUGGACAUGCUUCUGCUUAAGAAGAUGGCUGGGAAGACUAUUGAUGCAGACAGAGGACAGUGAUUUUAAAAAAAGCCCAGUAGAGAGGGAUCGCAAGUAGCAGGUGGUAGAUACAUAUUGAGGCUGUUUAGGUGAUUAUGGAGUGCAAUAAAGAUGAGGCACUCAGAGCUAAGGAGAUCGCUGAGAGGAAGUUUACUGAAAGAAACUAUGCUGGUGCCAAGAAGUUUGCAUUGAAGGCUCAAAAUUUAUAUCCUGGGCUUGAGGGUAUACCCCAAAUGCUGAUGACGCUUGAUGUGUACAUCUCUGCAGAGAAUAAAAUUAAUGGGGAAGUGGAUUGGUAUGGCAUACUUAGCGUGAAUCCCUUGGCUGAUGAUGAUACAAUUAGGAAACAAUACAGAAAGUUAGCUCUAACGCUUCAUCCUGAUAAAAACAAGUCACUUGGUGCAGAGGGUGCUUUUAAGUUGGUUUCGGAGGCAUGGACUUUGUUAUCAGACAAGUCUAAGAGGCUAGCAUAUAAUCAACUGAGGAAUGUGAAAGGAUUUCAACAGAAAUUUCCAACACAGACUGGAGGUACAUCUGCACCACCAUCUGCAAAUGGAUUUCAGAACUUCACAAGUACUGUAACUUCCAAUGCUAGUACUCAACGCAGUAACUCUCGAACAAAUUCUUCCCCGUUACCUAAGAAAGCUGAUACUUUCUGGACUGUUUGCAACAAGUGCAAGACACAUUAUGAGUAUCUCCGGAUUUAUUUGAAUCACACUCUCCUCUGCCCAAAUUGUCAUGAGGCCUUUGUGGCUUUAGAGAAGGCUCCGCCCCCCAAUGUUUUCAAGUCAUCAAAUUGGUCUCGGCAACAGCAUCAGAGUUCAAGACAUCAUUCUGGUAGUAAUAACCCAUAUAAUUCUGGAAGAAGCUUUGUGGGUGCUCAAAAUUCAGAACCUGGUGUUUCCUCGCGUCAGAAUUCAUUCAAUAACACAAACUUCCAGUGGGGUGCAUUCUCGAGGACAGCUGGUUCUGGUAGCACAGUGGCAUCAGCUUCAGCUGCUGCUCAAGCUGCAAAUGUGGUUCAGCAGGCAAGUGAGAAGGUGAAGAGAGAGCGAGAGGAUGGACAGUCUCUCGCUGAGUGGGAGAGGAAUCGUCUUUCUAGGGGGAUGGGUAAUCCUUCUUUUAAAGACAAGUCCUUGAAGAAGAGAAAAUUGGAUGACAAUAAUUUGAAUAGUUAUGGAGGCUUCAUGGCUAAUAAUAUGACCAUUGGAAAUGGAAGAGCUGGUGUGCAAGGUGUGUCCGAAAUAAGAAAAGGGAAUGCUGAAAUAGAUAAAAUCUUUGGUUGCUCUGGUACUUACAUUAAGCCCAAUGCCACAAGAGAGCUGUCAUAUAUUGAAAUACGGAAUAUGCUGAUUGAGAAGGCAAGGACUGAUAUUCAAAAGAUGCUCGAGGUAUGGCGCUCAAGGACUGAAUUAGAUACCAAAAGGAGAGAGAGUGUGAAGGAGAAAAGUAAAGUAAAUAAAAAACAGAGCAUGGUGAAUGGUGACACCCGCACUCAGAGAUAUGGGCGAAAGAAGUCAGUCGCUGGUGCUUCUUCUGGUGAUACAGAAAAAGGUGCCACAGCACCAAUGUCAAUUAAUGUCCCUGAUCCUGAUUUUCAUAAUUUUGAUGUAGACAGAACUGAAAGUUCCUUUGGUGAGGACCAAGUCUGGGCUGCAUAUGAUGAUGAUGAUGGGAUGCCUCGAUUUUAUGCUCGCAUUCAUAAAGUGAUCUCUUUGAGGCCAUUUAAGAUGCGGAUCAGCUGGCUAAACUCCAGAACCAACAGUGAAUUGGGACCCAUUGACUGGAUAGGUUCAGGCUUUACCAAAACCUGUGGGGAAUUUAGAACUGGCAGACAUGAAAUGUCUCGGACAUUAAACUCUUUCUCACACAAGGUUAGUUGGACAAAAGGAACACGUGGUGUGGUUCAGAUAUAUCCCAAGAAAGGGGAAGUUUGGGCCAUUUAUAAAAAUUGGUCUCCCGAGUGGAAUGAGCAUACCUCUGAGGAAGUGAGACACAAAUAUGAGAUGGUGGAAGUGCUCGAUGAUUUUAGCGAGGAGGAAGGUGUUUCUGUUGCUCUUCUAAUCAAGGUUGCUGGCUUCAAAACAGUGUUUGAAAAGAACAUGGAUUCCCAAAAGGUGAGGAGAAUUCCUAAAGAAGAGAUGUUUCAGUUCUCGCAUCAGGUCCCUAAUUGCUUGCUAACAGGCCAAGAAGCUCAUAAUGCUCCGAAGGGGUGCCACGAGUUAGAUCCAGCAGCCACACCUUUGGAGCUCUUGCAGGUGAUAACAGAAGCUCACGAAGCACCAGCUGUGGAGAAUGGCAUAAAAGAGGAUGAAAAGGUGCUUAAGGGUGUCCAGAAAGGAGAAGUUAAUGAGGCCAGUGAAGCUGUUUCCAAAACCAAGGAAGCAGAGGUUACAUUGAACAGCGAACACAUCAAGGAUGAUAGAGAAUGUUGCAUAACAAGGUAGCUAGCAAAGUUGAUAUGGUCAUUGAUGCAAAGAAACCAGGAAUUUAGGAUAUGGAGAUGAAGAUAGAGAAAAUUUAAAGUGCACUUACAUUUUGUUGAGCCUGACCAAAAUGUACAUAAUGCUUAUUUUGUGCCGAAAUCAUUUAGAAAGUGAUUCAAAAGAUUUUUGGGGUUAUAUGUCUCUACAUUACGUUGGAAUGAUUUUGAAGUGUUGUGUUAACUUCUGUAUAAGAAAUUCAUGUGUACGGUCAAUAGUCAUACUACUGACGGGUAAUAGUUUUUGGUGGUGGUUGUUUUGAGGUAAAAUUGAAAUGGCUGUUUACUUGGA